AAAUUCUUGCGGAUUGUGUGAUAAUCACUUGUUCCCUUGGUUAUUUAAAAGAGAAUUAUAAAAAGAUGUUUAAUCCAUCUUUACCAAGUCCUUUUACUCGAGCAAUAGAAUGCUUGGGCUUCGGUUUAAUAAACAAAGUAUUUCUCGAUUUCGGAAUCUCCUGGUGGAAACCAAAUACAGAAGGGUUUCAACUACUUUGGACAGAAGGAACAUUUUGUAAUAAAAAACUGGCUUCGUGGACCAGAGAUAUGACGGGUUUCGAUGUUCUACCAAAUCACGAAGGUAUACUUCUUGGAUGGCUUGAUAAAAUAUCUCCAGUAAAAGAGUGUUUAAGGACACAAUGGAAUGCGAAUAAAUACGUUCGAGGUAGUUAUAGUCACAUUACAACAAGAUGUGACGCGGAUGGAAUAACGCCAUGUUGUCUAUCAGAACCGAUAUGGGGCAAAUCAAAGAAGAAAUGUAACGAGGAUGUACCUAUUAUGAUGUUUGCUGGUGAGGCAACACACGAACAUUUUUAUUCUACGACACAUGGGGCUUACGAUACCGGUGUCAAACAGGCACAAAUUUUUCUACAGCAUCACGUAACAAAGAGCUGAUGAAGCAAGAUGUACAUAGAAGUAGUUUGAAAUAUGUGGGUAUACUUACACACAUUCCUCAUACAUACUAUGUAUAUAGAAUCAUACAUACACACACAUCUGGAACUGGAGACAAUUGAUGUAAUUAUUA